AAAAGUUUUUCUCCCGAUAAACUUUGCCAAACCACGAUACUUUAAAUUUGAUUUUUCUUUAUCGACUCUGUGAGAAACUCUGAUCAACUUACCUUCGGUAAACGCUUUGAAUUGUAUCUACUUUACCGGCCAACGGUAUCAGAGCUAUAACCUAAAAUUCCUUAUGAAUGACAGUGCAUCAAGCAAAACGUUGCUCCAGACGCUGAGCAAAGUGGCAACAGUUUUUCAAAUAUAUACCAAAUUUUCAACAAAUUCGCGUAUGGUUACCAACGCAAAGGGUGAGUGUCGUGAGGUUAGGUUUCUUGUUGACUAUUCGAAUCGAAGAUGAAUCAGCCCAUUCUGCUAGAAGAAAGCACGCCCUUUAAAUUGUCCAGAGUGCUCGAACGUCUCAUGACGAGUCUGCCCAGGAAUGCCAGUCAUCACGAUCAUCUUAUGGCAGCAUUGAUCGUCUUAUUGGCGGAGGCAGGUUUUUGGCCGUACGAGAUGACAGUCGACAAUACUGUGAAACGAUGGCAUACGGACUUACUGAAAAUUCCCGAAAAGUUGAAGACAGAAGAUGGCAUCUACAGAAUGAAGUUAUCUCUGCCAAUUCUACCGCAUAAAGUAUGCAAACUGAUCGCCAUUCCCACCGGAGACGUCUUGGUUGUGAAUUUAAUUCCGCCUUCCGAAAAUGUUACAACCGGCUACAACAUGGCUAUUCAGACGCUGAAAUACUUUAACCCUCAUUCGAGUGAUCUUGCCGGUCGUUACAUCAAUCUCAAAGAAUUAUCCUUUAGGUUUAAGGAUGGCCUGACGACACCGUUGCGCACGGAUCUUCUUCAGGAUGAGGGAAUAAUUAAUCCUAGCCUUCAGGGAUUACCCGUCGAGAUAAAAUUACAUAUUCUGAAGAUGCUGCCUAUAAGAACCGUGCGACGAAUUGGCGAAUGCAAUCGCGAAUUGUACAGUCUCUCCAAGGCGCCAGAAAUCCGGCGAUACUUCAAGACAUAGAUUCGGCCAAAAUCGUUUCACUCGUAAUACGCAAGUGCAACCGUAAAUGUGAUACGAACGAAUUACUUAACUUUAAUUAAUAAAAUUUAUAUUUUUCCAAUCGAUUGAUUAUUUUCAAUAAAUGAUGAUAGUCGCAUCCAUUAA